CCAGAUGGUGUCCGCAAAAGACCAGCAGGAGCCUCGCGUUGUAACAAGGGGCAACGGAAUAGAAGUACAACUUUUAAUUUCAAAUAGUAGAUUUGGAAUUGGAACACGUCGUACUAAUUUAAAAUAUCAGAGCAACGAAUCGCAAGUUCAGUCUAUUUUGGAGGCCCUUAAAACCCAAAGAACGUGAAGGAUCUAGAAGGACAGAAACAGAAAAGAAAGGUGUGAUACAGGAAGCCUCUUGCCAAGACUCCUUUGCUAUUUUGAUACCUGAGUUGUCUAGGGAUUUCGGAGGAGCUUAUGAGGAAAACAGUGCCUUGUGAAGACGACUGAGCAAGACCCAUAAAGGAGGAGAAGGGGAAGCUGAAAUAGCCAGCAGCAACCAUGAGAUCAAUCCGAUCAUUUGGGAAUGAUGACCGCCAUGUUAUGGCUAAGCACUCCACAAUUUACCCCUCAUCAGAAGAGCUUGAAGCAGUGCAGAACCUGGUCUCCACUGUCGAAUGUGCACUGAAAAAUGUUUCAGACUGGCUGGACGAGAUCAACAAGAUACCACUUAAACGAGAAGGUGCUGAUGAGGAGAAGGAGAUUAAGAACGAGGACUCUGCUGAGAGCAACACAAAUGAUCAGAGCUGUGGAACGUUGUGUGGUGUGCUGAGAAUUGGCCUAGUUGCUAAGGGUUUGCUGAUAAAGGCUGAUAUGGACCUGGAGCUGGUUCUCAUGUGCAGGGAGAAACCCACAGAGACCUUGUUAUGCACGGUCUGCGAUAAUCUUCCUGUACAAAUCCAGAAACUUACAGAAGAUAAAUACGAAGUGGAAAAAUGUUUAAACGAGGCUGCUAUCAUGGUCUGCAAUACAAAAGAUCCUAAAUUAACACUGAAAGUGAUUCUAACGUCACCGUGCUUGAGAGAAGACCUGGACAAGAAAGAAGGAGAAAGUGUUGCGCUGAAAGAUCCUGCGGACUUAUUGGACAGGCAGAAAUGCCUGAGCGCCUUGGCGUCUCUGCGACAUGCCAAAUGGUUUCAGGCAAGAGUUAAUGGAUUAAAAUCAUGCGUAAUAGUACUCCGUAUUCUGCGUGAUUUGUGCAACAGACUGCCCACAUGGGAGCCAUUAAAAGGAUGGCCCCUUGAGCUUAUUUGUGAAAAGGCAUUAGCUACUUGUAAUAGACCGCUUGGAGCUGGUGAAGCGCUGCGUCGUGUCAUGGAGUGUAUAGCCUCUGGCAUUCUUCUUCCUGGUGGGCCUGGAUUACAUGAUCCAUGUGAAAAAGAACUAACGGAUACCCUGUCCAAAAUGACUGCACAGCAGGGAGAAGAUAUUACACAAAGUGCUCAGCAUGCGUUAAGGCUAUUAGCCUUUGGGCAGAUUUAUAAGGUACUAGAAAUGGAUCCUCUGCCUACAAAUAAACCUUCCCAGAAGUAUUCUUGGGCAGACAGAGAAGGUACAGCCCUUAAGAGACCAUAUGAAGAUGGAUCUGGGGAUGACAAAGAUCUUAUUAAAAAGAUGAAACGUAACAUAAGAAAAAUUCUUGACAGCAAAGCAAUAGAUACCAACCAGCCAAUGAACGCUUUAAUGAGGCUGAAUCAAAUCCGACCUGGACUUCAGUACAAGCUCUUAUCACAGUCUGGUCCCGUUCAUGCACCUGUCUUCACAAUGUCUGUAGAUGUGGAUGGAACAGCAUACGAAGCCUCAGGGCCAUCCAAGAAAACCGCCAAACUUCAUGUAGCAGUAAAGGUUUUGCAGGCAAUGGGCUACCCAACUGGUUUUGACACAGAUAUGGAGAGUAUGAGCGCAGACGAAAAAUCGGACAGUGAAGGAAAAAAUGAGACUGUGCCUACAAACUCGAGCAAUAAUACAGCAAACUCCACAACAGACAGCUCCAAUACACUGGAGGUACGAACUCAGGGUCCUAUCCUUACUGCCAGUGGCAAAAACCCAGUCAUGGAACUGAAUGAAAAAAGAAGGGGUUUAAAAUAUGAGCUGAUUUCAGAGUCCGGUGGGAGUCACGACAAACGGUUUGUAAUGGAGGUGGAAGUAGAUGGACAGAAAUUCAAAGGAGCAGGGCCCAACAAGAAAGUGGCGAAGGCCAGCGCAGCUCUGGCUGCCCUUGACAAACUCUUUUCCGGACCGAAUGCAGCAGCCAUUAAGAAAAAGAAGAUUAUUCCACAGACUAAAGGGUCUGUAGCCACAGCGGCAUCUAUAGCUGCUCAGGUGGCAAGGGGGAGAGGGAGAGCGUCUCUGCCCAGGGGAGCCUUUGUCAGUGCUGCUGCUGCUCCAGGAUAUUUGACACCAGGUUACGGGACACCCUAUGGAUACAGUGCAGCAGCUGCCGCUCCUGCUUACGGUGGUUUUUUCAUUGACAAUCCCUUUUACCAGCCUCGGACCAUCGCACCUUUUAUUAUUCACUUGGGUCCUCAAGAUUUCUUCUCUGACUUCUAGAACCAUCAGGUUGUGUGUCUCAGAACCAAGUCUUUAUUCACUUGUCUUACCAGUCCUGACCUAAACGAAAAACAAACAAACAAUCAUAACUUCUUCAGGUCAUUAAACUGGCACAAAUGUAGACAACAGCUAUAUUUUAGCAUUUCCAUAAUGUAUAUCUCCCAUAAAAAGUUAAAGCAAUACUUAAUUUGACUUCCAGCUUAAUUUAAUGCUGAACACUGUUAUAUAGCAAUACUCUUGAAUUUUAGCUAAAGCUUACUUCAAACCAUGUGAAUGUUUUGAAUUCAAAGUCUGAUAGAGCACUAUUUAACUUGGACUGUAUAUUGCCUAGUAUGUGUAUAUAGAAUUAUAUUUUUUGUCAGGAUUAACCACUUCAGUGCUGCAAUCUAUAUGUACCUAUACAUUAACGGGAUCGCUUUUGCUGCAGACUUUUAAAACCAUUUUAAUACACCAUGAAACUUACAUAAAUGAAUGCAAUAACCCAUAUACACCUCUAUACAAGAAACGUAGAAUACAGAAUAUUCAGUUUUUUUCUCUAGCAGAAGAGAUUAUUAAUGUUACAUCAACACAAGGGACAUCACUUUUUUCAUUAAAAAAAUGCAGAGAUUGAAAAACGAAUACAUUUGAAACCAUUUUCUCAUAAAUCAAUGGUUGGUUUUUUUAAAUUUAUGAAUGUAUUUUAUUUGUCUACUACACUGAGCCUUUAAAUUCAUAAUAUUGCUCUUUUUAAAAAUGUAUUGAGCACAACACCCCCAGGCUGUACUUGCUGUAUUUUAUUGGUACAUGGGGGCUAUGUAAAUGCACAAUUUAAGGGAACAUUUUAACUAGAACAUUGAGUGUUCCUCCACCACCAAAAAGCACAUUUAUCAUCAGUAAGCACCUCUUUGGAUUUAUAUGUGACACUUGCACGAUACAUUCGUCUAGGUUUAAUAUUUUAUAAAUGCAAGCUUGUUUCAGUGUUUUGUACAAAAUAAAUCAGCUACAGGACAUGCUUUUAUAUAUUAGAUACAUGUGCUUCCCAAAAUUUGUAGUUCUUGCACAUUAUGAGUUUGCACCCUUAUGAUAGAAUACGAAAUAGUAGCAUCUUGACAAGCUUGGUGACAAAUGUGUAACGUUACCAGCUGUACAGACUCUGAAUACAUCAUUGUAAUUUUUCCUCAUAAAUGUGCAAUUCUUCAUUACAGGGCAGCGCAGUGCUGCUGCAGCAGCUAUAUACAGUAGUAUACAAUACUUGACUUGAAUUACAAAGAGAUACUUUUAUCUGUCUUUUCCCCCCUCCCAGUACUGUUUGAGGAAACGAGUAAUUUUGAAGCGUUGUUACACCCAGCUUAAUAUGCAAAAUACCCUCCUGCAAUAUCCUCAUAAGGGUGCAGACAUAAAAAUGUUUUUUUAAUUAAAGCCAUUCAUAUUUUGCACUGUAGAGACAAGUUUUCUGAAUAAACAGCUUUGUUCAAGUUGUCGUAUUUUCUUAAUACCUUAAGUUAGCAGUUCAGCCUAGAUUAAACAAUUUGCUCUUCUGAAAAUGGUUUUACAGUUUGCUUAUUGUCCUAUUAAUGCAUUCUAUUUGAGUCUUCCAUCUGUUGAAGUUCCACACAGAUACCUUGUUUUUAACUGCUUUGCCUAUUUAGGUUUUCCAAACAAAUGCUGAAGUGAUUCAUUCUGACAAAAGUAUUCCUUUGUUUUCGGUUUUAAAAUACAUUUAUUAAGUGGAAACAUUGCAAACUGCUGAUAAGUGUUUAAAAAGUGUAGCUUUGUACCAUGAACAACAACUAUAAUUACCAAAUGCUUUGUUUCAUACUUGAACAGUGUAUGAUCAUGUAUAAUUUACAUGUACUGGAAAUGUUACCUCGACAGCGAGAGAUUUUCAAAUUUCUACAUCUCCUCAUUAAACAAUAGGAAUUGAAAAUUAAAGCACUGCUUUUAAAAUAUAUUCAUACACAUUGAAUGCAAGUAUAAUAAUGGGAUAUAUUGGUUAACAUGUCUUUUCCUGACCAGCUUGAAAUUACUAUAGUGCUAAGCACACACUAUUUGGACCAAAUUAAUCACGUUUAUUAAAAACGCAUAACGUAUGACAUCGAGUUUGAGCCAAUACUCAUAAAAAAAAAAAAAGUCUGUAAAGUGAAAAAAGGUCAUCAUUGGUGUAAUUAGUGUUGAAAUGGAGAACAUUUAACUCAAAUAUAUGAUGCAGUAGUCUUCACUGCUUCACCUAAUAUCUGCAAGAUGUCAUUGGAUCAAAAAGGUAACAUUAAGAUAUUAAGCUCUGUUUCUGUGUGUCAGCCAAGCCUACCACUGAGCUGUGUCAAUGCCAGAUCUGUCCUAGAGCAGCUUGUUUUAAUGUUAUUGUCCCUUUUAAAAUCCAUCCCAGGACCCCAACCCAUUCUAUGAUCUGUGCUCCUCUGAAAGCCAUUAACCAAGGAAUUGUUUUCUUAAAACAGGACUUGGAAUGUAAAGAGUUAAGACUCAUUCUCAUGACAGUGUGAUCCAUUCCAGUUCUUGCUGCACACUUUAUUAGACAUGCUCUUGUUUAAUACUAAAGCUCAUAGGAAAACAUGUAAUGGCUCAUGCAAUUUGAGACCUGAAGUUUGAAAGGCACAGAAGUUUAUUAAUGUAGACCACCCCUUAGUUUGGAGUGCUGCCUUCUAAAGCAAUCUCUAUAUAACACCCUGCCUUUCCAUCUACCUGUAGCUUAAGCAUGUAGUGAGGAUUUAGUCUUUAAAAAUAACACUGUACUGCUUCUUAAUUGUAUUUGAGUGACAGACUUUGAUGCACGCACUCUUAUGGAAUGGAGCUAAAUAUUAGAGGCGAGAUAAUAUGGAUAAAAGAUCCUUUGUCAUGCAGCACCCUCUUUAUAGAACAAGUCAUUUUUUUUUGUUUGAAAACAGAUUGUUACUGUUAGUGGAGUGUUAAACCACUCCUGUAUUAGUUUCAAGCACUGUCUUGGGUUCAUUCA